AUGCCUGCACUGGAUAUACGAGGCUGCUUAGAGGAUUCUCCAACCUUCAGAAAGCGUAUUCAGUCUCAUGAAGAAUCCAUCCAUAACUUCGAACAUUCGUUGAAAUCAUUAAUAAAGUUGACUCGCUCUCAGGUCGAGAUAUCCACUGCUUACAGUCAACAACAAAGCGACCUUGCUCGUGAGUUUAUGUCGUUUGCUCAAGCUCAAGAUGAUCCUAUUGUUGCUCAAGCUUUGGAUAAGUUUGGCAAAUCAGUAUUCGAAGUAGAAAAGAGUCGAAAUAUGCUUAAUACGCAUGUCGUCGAUACAUUCAUCACACCAUUAGAUGCAUUUAUAAGAAACACAGUUGCACCAUUAAAGGAACUGAGGAAAAGGUUUGAGAAAUCCAGUGACGAUGUGGAUUCUUCAUUAUCGAAAUACAUGAGCAAGAAACCUAGAGAUCCAACAUUACCCGAGUCUGCAAAGGAGCUUGCUGAUAAUCGAAAGACAUUCCACAAAUUCUAUAUGGAGUAUGUAUCGAAAUUGAACGAUAUCGAGGCGAAAAAGAAGGUGGAUUACAUGGAGAACGUACUUGCAUACAUGUACUCUGAAUCUGCGUUCCACCAUCAAAGCUACGAAAUUUUAAAAGAUCUGGAGCCCUACAUGCGGGACCUGACAGGACUAUUACAUGAUUCUAGGCAAAGAUACGAAGAGGAGGUUCAAGAAGGUCUUGUGUACCAGCAAAUUUGCGAGCAGAAUGCAGCCGAGCAAUACAAUCCCUUACAGCCCACUACUAGUGCCAAAAUCAAUGUAGGAGGUGAAGCGGCAUCAAACCCUCAUAAAUCUGGCUAUUUGUUUGAGCGAAAAAACGGACGAGUAUACCAAACUUGGUCCAGAAAAUACUACUCUAUCUUUGACGGGGAACUGAUUUGCACUACUCGAAAUCCCAAGCCGUCUACCAAAGACGACGAUGGCAACAAUGUGUAUAAUUUGCGAGUGUGUAGCGUAAAAUUAACUGAUAACUAUGACCGAAGAUUCUGCUUUGAAGUGAUUUCACCCAACAGAGUUAUAGUUUUACAAGCAGAGAAUGAGCAAGACAUGACUGAAUGGGUUUCCAGUAUUCGAACCGCCAGCCAGAUGGCUCUAAACUCAAACAAUGCACCAAGAUAUACACAGCAAUCACCCAAUCUUCGAAAGAGUAUUUUGGAGACAUCAACAAUGAAUCGGACACAAAAAGACAACGAAAAAAGCGAAGAAACACAACGAGAAGCACUGAAAAAGAUUAGAAUGAUACCUGGAAACGACCGCUGUGCAGAUUGUGGAGUCAAGGACCCUGAAUGGGCUUGCACCAAUCUAGGGAUCAUUGUGUGCAUUGAAUGCUCGGGAAUUCAUCGCAGUCUGGGUGUUCAUGUCAGCAAGGUGCGAUCCAUUGUACUCGAUAAAUGGGAGCCAGAUGCCAUCGAGGUGAUGCUGCGUCUAGGUAACACGGUUGGAAAUAGCAUUUACGAAGCAUCCGUGCCUGUCGACAUGGAAUCAUUCAGAAUUAUACCGACGUCAGAUAGAGGAGACCGCGAUCUAUGGAUCAUAGAGAAGUAUGUCAAAAAAUCGUUUGUCACGCCCUGUAAUCUCUCUCAAGAUUCCUUGGAUAAGGAAUUUUGGAAUGCUAUUAUUGAGGGAGAAUUAGACAGUGCCCUGAAAAGGCUCGCACAAGGAGCCCAUGUAGACUACAAAAAUCCUGAAGACGAGUCAAGAACUGCUUUACACAAGAUGGUAGACAAAGACGAUGAAGUUACAGUGGAGUUUUUACUACAAAGAUUGAGCGACAUUAAUCAACAAGAUGCUAAUGGCUGGACAGCACUCCAUUAUGCGGCUGCCAACAACAAUGUUCGACUUGUAUUAGCACUAUUGAAGAGACACGCUAAAUCAGAUAUAAAAAAUGCAGACGAGAUGACUCCACUAGAUUUGGCUGUGGAUCGCCAGAGUGUACAAGCCGUAACAGCAUUGCGUUUGUUUGCUUUUGAUAAACAGCACAAUUCAUCGCCAUCCAGUUCCCUCGAUUUUGGUUUUCGAGAAGCCAUGUCUUCCUUCAAGCACACUAUCAACGAAAGGCCCGCCAUCGGUACCUCCCAUUCUGCUGUUGAUCUAAGAGAAACUAAAGCCAUGGUGCCCAAAUCCGAUGGCGUGCUUCAUGAUGAUCAAAAUAGCCAACUAAUGAGUGCAGACAAGUAA